AUGUUUACAAUACGUAAUAUUUUACAAAAUGCGGCUAAAUACGCGGCAAUUAAGCCACAAUUACGGAAUCUUCGAGGUCUAAGAGGAGCCCCAAGCGAGGUGGAAGUUCUCAGACCGCCGGAUAUAACAACCAAACAGGAUGACAAUGCAGGAGAGCCGUCGACGCAGGAAAGUUCCAAGGAAGUGGCUCUGGAUUUCGGAAAGCGGGAGGCCCAUGUGCCCUCCUUCAACUUGGCGGCCUAUGUGAAUAACUCCAAUACCCUGCAGCAGUUCAUCAGUUUGGGCGUGGAUCUGCACAGCAUAGAAAGGCGGAAGGGAUUGGGACAGUUUGUGCUGCAGCUGGACUUUGAGAAGAAUGUAAAACCCUGCAUAAGAUUUCUGGUGGAUCAGGGAAUUAAACCCGAUGACUUUGGCAGGAUGUUCACAAAGAACCCGCUGCUGUUCAAGGAAGACCUGGAUGAUCUGCAGACUAGGGUGGAUUACCUGAAGAGCAAGCGGUUUACGGAUGAGGCCAGGCAAAGGAUUCUCACCCACAAUCCCUACUGGCUGAUGUUCUCCACGCGGCGAGUGGAUCGUCGGUUGGGCUACUUUCAAAAGGAGUUCCGUUUGAGUGGCCAUGAUCUCCGUCUUUUGGCCACCAAGGAACCUAAUGUCGUUACCUACAACAUGGAGCACCUGCGAAAGUCCAUAUUUACGCUCAAGGAGGAAAUGGGAUUCAAUGCCAAGGAGCUGAGUGCCCUGGUGGUUCGAAAACCCCGGUUAAUGAUGACUCCUCCCGACGAUCUUAUCGAGCGAUUCAGCUAUAUUCACCAGGAUAUGGGCCUCUCGCAUGCCCAGAUUGUCCAGUGUCCUGAAUUGCUGGCCUCUCGGGAGUUUCGCCUGCGGGAACGUCAUGAGUUUCUCAAGUUACUGGGCCGCGCCCAGUACGAUCCCCAAAAGGAUAUGUAUAUAUCGCCCAAAACUAUAGUCGAAGGCAAUAAUUUUUACUUCGUAAGAAAUGUGGCCAAAAGCGAUUUGGAAACUUUUGAUUUGUUUUUGAAAACGAGAUAAGAAGAAAUUAAAAAUAUUGAAAAUU